CUCGGUGUAUAAAUACCCUGUGAGCAGCCCCUAGCAGUCACAGUUCGAUCAAAGCAACCCAUCAUGAGCUACAAGCUUGCAGGUCUCUUGUUCUUGGUAGUAGCGGCUUACGCCGGAGAAGCCACCAAGAAAGCUACUGAAGAGAAGAAGCAAGACAAGAGAGGACUUUUCGGCCUCGGCUACGGCUACGGCGGCGGUUACGGAGGUUACGCCCUCGACUCCCACGGAGGAUAUGGCCUAGGAGGAUUCAGCGACUACAGCCUGGGUCACUCUUUCGGAGGAUUCAGCGGCCUCGGCCUCGGCCACGGACACGUCAAGUCCGUCACCGUCCACAAGGAAGUCGCCGUCCCAGUCCCGGCUCCAUACCCAGUCACCGUCGAAAAGCACGUCGCCGUCCCUGUCAAAGUCCCAGUCGCCGUCCCCGUCGAUAGGCCCUACCCGGUCCACGUACCCAAGCCUUACCCCGUCGCAGUCGAGAAGCCCGUCCCUUACCCGGUCGAGAAGCCAGUCCCAUACCCAGUCAAAGUUCCCGUCAAGGUACCCGUCGCUCACCCCGUCCCCUACCCAGUACCCAAACCUUACCCCGUUGCUGUUGAAAAGCACGUCCCAGUCGCUGUCCCCCACCCCGUGUACGUCCACAAACACGUCCCAGUCUUCGUCAAGGACCACCACUACGGAUUCGGCGGACACUUUGGAGGAUUUGAAUCUUUCGGAGGACAUGGACUCUACGACCACUACCACCAUUAAUCAAAACAGCAUUUUUUUAUACAAAACAAAAUUAAGAACUAGCUUUUAUACUAAGAAUUGAAUCAAAGCCAUUCUUUCUUUCUUAUUUAUGUUUUCAACGUGUUGCCUAAGUUACCAUACUGUGCCUCAAAUGACUGGCAAAUAUCGAGAAAACGAGUACUUGAGUCACGUUUAUUUGCCAAACAUUUAGUUUAAUCUUUGUACCAAUAAAAUCAAAUUUUUAUAAUA